AUGCGCUCGAGCAUAGCAUGUAUUCGUUGUCGCCGAUCGAAGGUCAAAUGCGUGAACAAUGGCGUGGGCACGACGUGUCGGUCGUGUGAGAACUCGGGCAGGGAAUGUACAUACCCUUCACCAGUGGCAGGUGGUACCAGGCGAAGGGACAGCAUCUCUGGUCGAGCUGAUGUGUAUGGAGAUGCGGAGCGGCGGCAGCGACCGCGUAAGAGUACGCACACCUUUGUUGCGAACCCAAUGCCUGGGUCACGCGAGUCUCCACGGCCAUUAUUGGACGCCCUAGAUGCGAGACUUCUCACGCCUCAGGUAUGGCAAGAGCUGUUCGACAUCUUUCAAAUACACUACUCAGCAGACUUGCCGUUCCUGCACCCACCCACAUUCCUCAAGCCUCUGCGCCAAUCCGCGCUGCAGCCAGCACCGCCAACUCCAGCUGGGAACACUCCCACCGACUCUGCGAGUACUGCUCGACCACCAGCGUCAACAGAGUUUCUACUGGCUUUCUUGGCACUCACAGCUCGCUUCCAUCCGAAAUUGGUUCAGCAUCACUCUCCACCGACUGCAAACCGGGCAAGCAAUCCUUUGAUCGCCUCUGAAUACUACGCAGCCGCUGCAAACGAAAGGCUGGCGUCGAUCUGGACUGACAAUCGCAACCAUGAUAUCGAACGGACACAGGCGGCUCUCAUGCUUGGCUUGCAUGAGUGGGGAAUGUGUAGAGGAUCCAAAGCAUGGCUGACCGUCGGCAUGGCCAUUCGCGCUGCGCAAUCCAUGGGCUUGCAAUACGAACUCGACCUGGAUGACGAACCUCUGUCACGAUCGCUGGCCUUGUCUGCCGAAGCCGAACGUCUAGGAAUGAGUGGCGAGUCCAGCCGAAAGAACUCGACAAGUGGCAAGUCGAGCGAAGAUCUCUUCAUACAGCAGGAGAUUCGGCGAAGAACAUUCUGGAGCUGUUUCAUUAUGGACCGUUACCUGAGCAGUGGAAAGUACAGGCCACAAAUGCUCCACGCCCGUGAACUUCGGAUCCAGCUCCCUGCGAGUGAGCGAUCGUUCUUGUUCGCAGAGAAAGUGCGCACGUUGAUGCUAGGUGAGGACGACAAGGGCAUCCACGGAACCGGACGAGCUGAGAUCCAAAGUCAGCGACAACAGCAAAUGACUAACAUUUCUUCGCUUAUAGGCACUGGUACUCCAGAACCCAAUCAGGCACCGUCUCCGCGCAGUAUCGCAAUGCGAGACGACGAUGAAAAAGGCAGGCUCGAAGUGGGCUCUGAUGAAGGUCUUGUUAGUCGCUACAUCAAGAUUCUCGAGAUCUACGGCAAGGUCAUCAGGUGGUCGUGCUCUGGUGGCAGAAGAGUUGAGGAGCAUCCUCCCUGGGAUAGCCGAUGCGAGUUCUAUCGACUUCGUCGGCAGUGUCAGGAGUUUAAGGCCGCUCUGCCUCGCCAGCACAGUCUGACUCCACAGAACACGCAAGCUCACAUCAGCUUAAAAACGUCAACUCCUUACACACUGGUGCAUACCGUCUACCUGCUCUGCCAGAUCAUGCUUCAUCGAGAAUAUGUGCCAUUUAUUCCAAUUCGGUGCUCAAAGCCGGAAGGACCGAUGGAUCCACCUACCUUCCCUCCAGAGAAGUAUCAUGUUCCUCCUGGUUUCUGGGAAGAGAGCGCACGAGAAUGUUUCCGAUCAGCGCGAGAGAUCAUGGAUCUUGUGCGGACGUGCCAGGAAUGGUGUGCUUUAGUAGAGACGCCAAUUGUUGGCUUUGCGGUAUAUACUGUCGCCUUCGUUGGCGUUUACUGCAUCAACUUUCCGUGGAUGGAUCCAGAAGGCUACAUGGGCACUCGCCCGGAACCCAAUUCGAGACCAGAUAUGACAGCGAAGCCGGGAGAGAGCAAGGGUUUCGAAGCGGCGAGGAAAGCCCUUGAAAUGAUUGGCAUGAUGCGAACGAAGCUGCGCAUGGCCGACGGGUGGUUUAAGACGAUCAACCGCAUGCACAAAUACUUCCGCAAAAUCAAGAACGACUACAAGAAGAAUGUACAGGCGAUCGAGAGCUCUUCCGAAGGCGACAGUCCCAUCAGCACUCGGCAUCUCAGCUUACGGGAAGGUGGUCUGGGCGGUGGACUAGACGAGUACAAACUUUUGGAACGGACCCUGAUCGACUUUGGGAAUCUGGAAGAUCAAGACGUCGAGAUGACCGAUGCUAACCGCAAUGACCCGAACAAACCUCUUGAUGCAGUCUACGAUGAUAGCAGCCCUGGUACUACCGUCAAGAGCGAGGAGCAUGGCGAUCGGCUGCCAGCCGCGACUUCAGAGCCACAGCAGAAAGCGGAUGGCGGUGCGUGGAGUGCCAUUAAUGCUGGUCCAGGUGCUCCUGCUGCUCCUUCAAGUCGUCACCCGAGCACUUCCACUCCGUCGAGUGGGCAAUUCAGGAGCUACGACUCUUAUCCUCAUCAACAGCACUCCCAGCCUCCGCAGGCGGCUAUUCCCUCAUCACAAGCGCCGCCGCAGCCUGGAUCAUACCAACAUCAGAUUGGCGGCUUCAGACCUUCAUACUCGGACAGACCUAGCCCAUCUGCUGGACCGCCUCCAAGCUUGACUUCACCUGCAUCCCAGUCAGCGACUGGCACAACACCUUCGCAAGCGCAUCCUUCGCCUCCUUACGAUCGCCACGCACCGGCGUACGGCGCGUGCAUCGACACGCGGCUCGGCGGCGAUGACGUGGCGGCUUUCGUGGAUGGUGGUGAGCUCGCUGAAUGGGCUAACAUGGCAGCCUCGCAAGGCUUUGGGGGCGGUUGGCUCAGCGCCGUCUGGCAAGGUGGCCACGCCUAAAGUUGAUCGGUGAAAGUGCUGGCACAAACGGUUGGAAUUAUCACUAAUGCAUCGAAGGAGAGCGCGUUUGGCAGAAUUUGGGAGGAUUCACGGAAUUUCAUGAACACACGCAACAGCUUUUAGGCUGAUUGCCACGAGGAUUGGGGCAUCUCCUUAUUACAGGCAUGACGAUACCCACGCAGCAUGGCGGGAUGUGGUGAUGGAGAGGAAUCAGCGAUUGACUGCAUUCGGCAUGUGCAAAUUUUCAGACGAUACAAUGUCGAAUGAAGUCGAAUGUGACGACAUGAGCC